AUGAGGAUCUUGGUUUUGAUCACUACACUUGUGGUCUCGUCUUUGGCUGCCCCUCAAGGCUAUGGCCUGAGUAUAGGAGGCAUAGGAGGUGCGGUAUCAAGCUUUGGGGGAGGAUCAGGAUUUGGCGGAGGAUCAGGAUUUGGAGGAGGAUCAGGAUUUGGAGGAGGAUCAGGAUUUGGUGGAGGAUCAGGAUUUGGAGGAGGAUCAGGCUUUGGAGGAGGAGGUUUCAGCUCAGGAGGAUGCGGUCCCGGACAGGUGUUCCAUGCUGGCAGAUGUGUCACUCCACGCGAGAACCGCAAAGUCUACUUGUACAACGCACCACCCGCACCACCAGUUCCCCAUGGUCCUCCCCCAUACAUCCCUGACCCAACCAUUGACACAAAUAUCGUGUUCAUUCAAACACCUGAAGAAGGUCCAGGACCAGAUCCUAUCGUCAUACCUCCACCACAGACGCGAAGCGUUGUCUAUGUCCUCAACAGACAGACACCAGAGCAACAAGAUGUGAUCGAAGUCCCAGCGCCGCCAGCAACCAGUCCUGAAGUUUACUUCGUGAAUUACGCUGACGGCGAGAACCCAGUUCUUCCAAGCGGCGUCGACCUUCAGACUGCUUUGAAUGCAGCUUCACAAGGGGGCGGUCAAGUGGUUGGAAGUGCAGGAGGUGGUUUCGGAGGCAGCGGAGGUGCCGGCGGUGGUUUUGGAGGUAGCGGAGGUAGUUUCGGAGGCAGCGGAGGAGUUGGUGGUGGAUUUGGAGGAAGUGGAGGAAGCGGAGGUUUCGGAGGAAUCAGUGGUGGAAGUGGUGGGUUUGGAGGCGGCGUAAUCAGCGGUGGAUUUGGAGGUAGCGGUAGUGGAGAAUUCGUCGUCAGUGGAGGUGGAGGUGGAGGCGGCUUCAGCAGUGGAGGUGGAUUUAGUGGAGGUUCCCCUUCCAGUCUGUAUACCACACCUUAGAAAUUCAAUUUCAGGAAUUUUAUUUUUGUUGUGUUUUGCUUACA